AUCUCUCCACCGAGUGCACUUUCUUUGUAUCUAAAAUCUGUGUGAGACUGUAACUGAAAAACAAACUCAACUCCACACCACACAUGUCAACGGCCUCGUCUUCUUCGUCGCACGACGGAGAUGGCGACGGCGACGGUGGCGGUGGAGACUUCACAGGUCCCUCACAUUCUCGUCAACGCUUCAACUCCGCCGUCUGGCCAGAACCUUUCCUCGAAGCUCUCGCGAUCCAAAUCGCCGUUGAUGCCGCUCUCUCGUUCGGCCGCCUUGCCGUUGCUCCGGCUCUCUUCAAUAUCUUUCAGGUUUGUAGAACAUGGCGAAGUAUAUCCCAAUCUGACCCGUUAUGGCAAACCCUAACACGCCGCAUUUGGCAUCGCCACCAUCUCCUCCACCACUCAUGGUACGAUGAAUACAUAUAUCGCCAUCGCACCGCUAGAAACUUCCAUUCCCGUAGGUACGACUACACCACCCUUAACUUCCCACCAAACGACGACAACAACAACGGAGCCCUCUCUUGCUGCCGCCUCGCACUCUCUGACUACCACAUUGCAGCCGGUUUUUCCGAUGGAUCAGUUCGCCUAUACCACCUCCCCACCAGGCUCCAUGUCACUACAUUCCACCCGCAUCAACGUAAUCAUCUUGGCCUCUACUCGCGUGCUGUCUCCGGGAUCUUUUUUACCGAUAACCGGCUUGUUUUCGCCUCUCUUGAUGGUGACAUUCAUGUUGCGUCCAUCGAUGUUCCGGGAGCUGCUGCACGUAGAGCUCAUUUGGGUGAUGUGGUUACUGAUGGUGUCCUUGUGGAUUUCACCGGUUGUGACCGCUGGUGGGUCGGACUCUAUGCAGGGGUACCAAACCGCGCAUUUCAUGUACGCAACAGCAACACAGAAGAAAUUGUAUUCAUUGGGGGCACACUGAUGGACCCAGACUCAGUAGAUGGGUGGCACUUGCUCACAGAUCUGAGUGAGCACAUUGGACGUAUCCGCAUAACAAGUGACGAGCUGGCAGUCGGGUUCCGCAUAACAAGUGACGAGCUGGCAGUCGGGUUCGCAAGGCGAAGGGUAAUCGUAUUUAAUUUACGAAACCAAAUGAUAUUAGGAGACGAAGAGUUUAGGAGGGAAAUAAACGUGGGCGCAGCUGAUGCGUACGAUAGGGCUCUAAUGUUUGUAAAUAGUAGGGGUGUAGCUAAUGUGCGGCAGGUGAGUAGUUUGGCGGAAAUCUGUCGGUUCAUGGCCCGCGGUAGCUUGUUGGGUUGCGUUAACGGUGGUUACUGUUUUACGUCCGUUGGUGGUGGGAUUAGGGUUUGGGAGUUGCAUCAUGGGGAGUAUUUGUAUAUUUUAAGGGAACGAAUCGGGGAUGCAAGUGCCAUGAUUGCAGAUGAGCGGUAUGUAGCGGCUUGUAGUGCUGACAACACGAUUCAUUUGUGGGACUUUGGAGCACAUAUAUAGCUGUAACAUUGGAGUGUUGACUGACGUUGACUUUACGGUUAGUUGGUUACGAGGUCAGGAAAUCAUUGGGUGCUGGGAUUGGUUUAACUGAUGGAUUAGGGUUAGGUUUGGUUAUGCAUGGUUAUUAAUUUGUUGACUUGUGGAUGUUGUAGAGUUGGUUGGUUAAGAGGGUUUGUGUAAAAUUCAUAUUUAAAGAAUUCAUGGUUCAUGUCUUAUUUUAUUCGAAUGAAGCAAGCCCCCCAUUGAGGUUUUACCAUAA